AUGAAGUGUUCACUGACACAGCUGGUACCAACCAUUGGGGCACCAAGAAUUAUGGACCUCAUCCUGCUUCUCCUACUCUUCUUCCAAGAAAUUAAACAGAGCUCUGCGGAAGGUUUCUGCGCUCGGCAGGACAGAACCAUCAGAGUGAAGGAAGGAGGAUCUAUUACCAUUCCAUGCACAUUUACAUAUCCUGAACAAGUGGAAAGGUCAGCAUUGGAAAUUCUAUGGCAUGACACAGAAUAUGGAGAUUGCAGCGAUCUCACCUCUAUCUAUAACAGCAGUAUGGAUACCACAAAUGAUAAAUAUCAAGGAAGAGUCUCAAAAGUAAAAAAUUCCAUUAGAAACGGAACAGAAUCAAUCAAAAUCCACAAACUGAAUAGAACAGAUGGUCCAGUAAUCUGCUGCCAAGUGAACGUUCGAAAUACUAAACAUACUUUUUCAUAUUUUCCAUCCUAUGGGACACAUCUUCUGUUCUCAGAUCAGGUCUGGGUGGAUCAGUUGGAGGCUUUUCCUGCUUCCGUAGGAGACGAUGUCGCCAUCCCCUGUCAUAUUAAUUACCAACCUGGAUUUAUAAAGAAGAAUUUACAACAAGUGAUCUGGACUAGGGGGGAGAAGGGCCGCAUAGUAGAUACGACAUUUACAUUCCCACCUAAGGACACUCUGGGAUACUCUAAUUUAUCUGUGGUGGAUUUCCCUAAUGAUGUCUCCCUGCGUAUAAGAAAUGUACAGAAGGAGGAUGCGAUGAUUUACUGCUGUUCAGUGAAAAUCAACGAGACAACAUUCAGUGCAAAACAUGGCACAGAGCUGAUGAUUAAAGAAUCCAGGAGUAAUUUUGAACUUGCUGUCAAUCAGCCUCAGGAAUCCUCAGCCCCAGUAGGAGGCUCAACCACCAUUACCUGCUCAUACAAUGCUCCUAUAAACAAAACACGCAUGGAUGCUGUGAUAUACUGGAGAGCUGGAAGACCUGAUGGACCUAUAGCAUAUCACCCCUCUAGAUGGAUGGUUCAUCCCACUUACAGAGGAAGGACAAAAGUGACACAGCAAGCAGAUCUACAGAUAAUGGGGGUAAACGAUACAGACAGCUCUGUAUAUUACUGCUUCGUCACACUCAAAUUGUGUAGUGGAGCUCAGAAUAUCACAACUGUAAUCAGCAAUGGAAAUGGAACCAAACUGAAUGUUACAGCUCAUCAGAAUGAUUCUACUCCAACAAAUCUGGGGGGGCUGGGAGAUCCAAUAAUUCCAAUAAUCAUUACUAUCAUGAUCAUCCUGGUCAUUGGGAUUGUCAUUGGUGGAAUAUUGAUCAUCAGAAAAGCUGUUCAACUGAAAAAGGUAGAGCAAGAAAAUAUGGCAUCUCUCAUUGCUGUAUAA